GCCAAUAAUAUUACGGAAACCACCCCAAUCAAAUGAUUUUGGAUGAUAACUAUGUCAGGAUAUACAUAAUUUAUUUAAUUGCCUUCCAAAUUUGGUGGGCAGAAUUAUACUUCACCAAGAACAUGCUUCAGAACUACAUAAGGUGUGAUCAUUACUUCAACUAUAAUAUCAACUAUAAUAAGGGCAUUCGGUUGGAAGGCGGGGCAGAUGAUAAUGGUAGCACUCUUGGUGAUGAUUGGAUCUUUCUGCACUGGAACUCUCUUCGGCUCCAAAGAUUCUUAUUUUUCUCCUUCUCUGCAUCUCCUGAACAGAACCCACAUGAUUACAAGAACAAUAGGUCUCGGUCAGUUAGAAUUCCAACCUAUCUUACACCGCAUCUGGUAGUCUGAGAUUUACAAACAAAGUUGCUCUUAUCGAAUGGUACCACUCACUAUACCAGAAUUCCAGAAACUGGGAUAAACGUUUGCCCACUUAAAUUCAACGAGCAUAUCCCAUGUAAUGAUUGUCCUAUAUUAAAGAGUUACUGCCAAAAUUAGAUCUUACUAGGAAGGAAGAGCUAGCGAGGCAUUGUCCUCCUCUAGAGAAACGCUUGUUUUGUUUGAUGCCACUGCGGUGGAUUAUAAGGUAUCAAUCAGGUGGCCUAUUAGUCGUGAUUAAGUAUGGCAAAUCAAUGUGAACCACUCACAUCAGGAUGCAUGAGAAGGAUCAGGUCUUGUGGUGGACUGGUGAUAGAAACCUCCAAAAUCCAGAACAAUUUACAGAAAGAAGAUCAAGAAACAAACUGAAAAUGUUAUUGAAGAAGAUGAAUAGUAACAGUAACAAGGCCGAAGCCCCCAAAGAGAAGAGACGGAUAAUCUCUAAUCUUCCCAAGUCCCAAGACCGAAAGUCCCAAAAGCCUGCCUACUAACUCCCCUUUUCAUCUAUUUAUACUACAAUCCUGCAUAUACCCUUAUUACAACUAUACCCUUAUUAUUCUUUCUAUUAUUAAUCUAAUAGGUAGGUCCCUAUCAAUACUCCCUCCCUAAACAUCCACCUUGCCCUCAAGGUGGUCGGUAGGAGACAGCCAAGAUCUUCUGCUUCUUUCUCUUCCUUGCGCUUCUACCUUCCCAAUAUCUAACUGAUUUCUGAGAAAAGAGCUUCCAUACUUGAUUCUUCCAAUUCACAGAUGUUACUGCAGCAUAUAAUAUCUCUAAUGAAUUCUCAUUUUCUUCCUUAGUCUUCAGGCCUUCAAUAACCACAAAUAUUUCCUUGUCUUCCUGAGGUGUAUCACCUACACUAUUAGCAGAAUUUAUGUUCAUGUCCUGAACCUUUUUGCCAGUGAGAUGCAACACUGAAACCAAGCAACAUUUAGUGCCUGAGAGUUCAGAGUCAACUCCUUCAACACUACAUGCAUCAGUCCCAAUUCUGUGGAUUCCCAUUCUGAUUACAGGUGUAUUUCCUUCUAUCACUGUCAUUUCAUUAAUGGCUCCAUUUGCAAUAGCAAUGAAGUAUGACAGCCCAUCCCCAUUCUCCUUGCUCACUGCAAAGUAUGCAAAGUAUUUCUGGUGCUUCUGCCUGACCAUUAUUAGUAAUUCUUCAGGAAACUUUAGGAAGGUGUCCUUAACUUUUCCAAGUACUGGCACAGGUGCUUCAACAAGAUCCACUAUUCCAGUUGUAGUUCUCCUAACUGAGGAACAGGAAAGCCUAUUAUCCAUGCAAAACUUCCAAAGUUGGUUUUCUUGAAGAUAGACAAAUUCUUCACCCGAAGAAAGCAUUGCACUUUUCAAGCCUUGUUUCAGUUUCAUCUAUCCAUUUGCUUCAGCUUCCAAUCUGUUAACAGUAGCCUGAGUAGUAGGAUCCCAGCCCAUAUUGAUUUUAUCCAACCGAUAUACAAAAGUAUCAGCAACAUACUUCCCCAUCCAUCUCCAAAAAACAACUGUGUUGAACACAUUUUCCUCUUCAUAGUUCUUAUCUCUUUUCAAGAGCAUUUUGUGUCUUGGACCAAUACUUGCCAUAAGAAACUUGUAAUCAAAACCUACACUUCUAUCUUGAACAGGUAUCCAAUCUACUGGCAGUCCCCUAAACACUACCUAUUAAUCUAAUAGGUAGGUCCCUAUCAACUGGUGGUUUCCAGGAGGUGGAACUCAUUUCAAGCAUGGAGCAUCUGAAAACAUUCAGAGAGAUUGGGGAAUAUGACAACGAAUGAGAAAUUUGACUUACGUUUUGCAAGGGUAUUUCAAAUGCUUAAUGUUGGCUGUGGUGUGGCCAGUUUUUCAGCAUAUCUUCUUCCACUAGACAUAGAAACAAUGUCCUUCGCUCCAAAAGAUGGCCAUGAUUCCCAUGAAAAUCAAAUUCAGUUCGCUUUAGAACGAGGGAUUGUGGCUAUGAUUUCUGCUUUAGCUACUAAACAAUUGUCAUAUCCAAGGCAACUCCUUUGACAUGGUCCAUAGUUCUAGAUGUCUUGUUGAUCGGUGUGAAAGACAUUAGAAUAUACUUUAGAAUAUACUUUAGAAUAUUCUUCUAUCCUUAGAAUAUACUUUAGAAUAUUUUAGGAAUAUACUCUAGGAUAUUAUUAUUGUAUAGAAUCUUAUAGGAAUAUUCUAUCUUUGUAAUGUAUAUUUAUAGGGACUUAACCCUCCAAUGAAAUACACAGAAAAUCUUUCCUCCUCUCUUCAAUAUUAUAUUUUGUAGUUUAUAUUUCAACAUGGUAUCAGAGACUUCCAUUUCAGUUUAGUUUUUCAAAUUUCAGUUCUUUAUUCAGGCUGACUUCAGUUCAGUAUUCAGGCUGGGUUCUUUCUCCAAGAACUUGAGUUAACUUCAGAACCUUACACACCAUUUUCAGAACCUUACACACCAUUCUGCCUACAGAACCUCUACACACCAUUAAACAGAACCUCUGUCCAGACCAACACCGUCCUAUUUCUCACCUCCGUCCUAACCAAUUGCACUUGCCGCCGCCGACCACGUCUUUGGAGUCCGCACCGGCAAAGCUUCGCGCGUCAGUCACACGCGCCGCCGAAGACUUUCUCGGCUGCCGCACGCGCCGGCGAGUGAAGCUUCAUAGCUGACCGGAUUUCUAAUCGGAAAUCGCCAUCUCUGCCAGGCAAAUCCAUUUUUCCGAUCUGCGAGCUUUUGGAUCCACGGUCUUCUUGAGGUUGGCGACGCAGAUACUUUUGGAAGGGGGCUGCGUAUAUAUUUUGUCUAUUUAUUCGUACCAGACUGUUGAGAAAGGUUGGGAUUUGAGACUAGGUGAACUAGCUCGAAUUAGAAAGGGGCUGCGUUAUAUUUUUGGAGUCGCCACUAUCAUUAGCUGGUAAGUCAGAAACCCAGACCUCGCCAACCAUCUAUUGAGCUGCGGCUGGUAAGUCUUAAUUAGCUGUAUUUAUUUAUUUAUUCUCAAAAAAAAAAAGUAAAAAAAAAAUCAAAAAAAAAAAAAAAAAAAAAUUCAAAAAAAGAAAAAAGAAAAAAGAAUGUCUUUUACGAGUCCAUUUGGCAGAGGAGUAAUAUGCCAUUACUGCAAGAAGCCCGGGCACUUGCUCAAAGAAUGUAGAAAGUUGCUGUUCAAAAAUCAAGGAAAUCAGCUUGCUCAUGUUGCUUCCGCUACGAGUUCAUUUGAUGGAUCAAUUGCUAUUUCUUCAGACGAGUAUGCUAAAUUUAUUUGCUACCAAGAAUCUCUAAAGCAUUCAUCUACCCCUAUCUCGGUAGUCGCAAAUUCAGGUAUUUCAAACACAUGUCUUGUUUCAUCAUCCUCAAAAUGGGUCAUUGACUCAGGUGCCACAGAUCAUAUGACUGGUAAUCCUAGUCUAUUCUCAUCAUUUCACUCACAUUUACCUGCUUCCAGUGUCACUUUAGCAGACGGGUCUACCUCACCCGUUCUUGGAUCUAGUACUGUUGUACCAACUUCUACAUUACCAUUAUCGUCUGUUUUGAGUCUUCCUAAUUUUGCAUUUAAUCUGCUUUCCAUCAGUAAAAUCACACGUACUCUUAAUUGUUCUGUAACAUUUUUUCCGGGAUAUUGUGUGUUUCAGGAUCUGUUAACGAAGCAUACUAUUGGUCAAGGACAUGAGUCGGGUGGUCUUUAUAUUUUGGAUACAUCAAUUACAAAAGGUAUCUCUUGCCUUGGGGUUGGAAAUCUAUUAGAAGCUCAUUACCGAUUAGGACAUCCAUCUCUCUCACUAAUGAAGCAAUUAUAUCCUCAGUUUAAUAAGGUGUCUUCUAUACAAUGUGAGUCGUGUGAGUUUGCUAAACAUCAUCGCACUAGUUUAAGUCCCCGGCUUAAUAAACGAGCAAAUGCUCCGUUUGAUCUUGUCCAUACUGAUGUUUGGGGGGCAUGUCCAGUUGUGUCCAAACCUGGUUUCAAAUAUUUUGUCACUUUUGUUGACGAUUAUUCUCGUAUGACAUGGGUGUAUUUUAUGAAGCGCCGAUCCGAGUUAUUUACUCAUUUCUCUGCAUUUUGUGCUGAAAUUAAAACUCAAUUUAAUGUUCCUGUUCGUGUGUUAAGGGGAGACAAUGCCCAAGAAUAUUUAUCUGCUCCAUUUAAAUCUUUUAUGCUUCAACAUGGCAUUAUUCAUCAAACUUCAUGCGUAGACACACCUCCUCAAAAUGGAGUUGCUAAAAGAAAGAAUCGACAUCUGUUAGAAACUACAAGGGCUCUUCUAUUCCAAAUGAAUGUGCCUAAACAGUUUUGGGCUGACGCUGUGUCUACUUCAUGUUUUUUGAUCAAUCGUAUGUCAUCUUCUGUUUUGGAUGGUAAAACUCCUUAUCAAUGUCUUUUUCCAAAUAAAGAACUUUUUCCUAUUCCACCUAAAAUAUUUGGUUGCACUUGUUUUGUUAGAGAUGUUAACCCUCAUCGGACGAAAUUGGACCCCAAGUCAUUGAAAUGUAUUUUCUUGGGUUAUUCUCGAGUUCAAAAGGGGUAUAGAUGUUUUUGUCCAAGUACAGGUCGAUAUCUUAUUUCUAUUGAUGUCUCAUUUCAUGAAAAUACACCAUUUUCAUCAUCCAAGACAGAUAUUCAUGAGGACAACGAUGAAAUACUCAUUUACACAGUUACUAUACCUGAGACCACACCUUCAGUAACUAUGUCGAAUGUCACUGUUCCUGACCCUAGACCUCCUGUACACUUGGUUUACACCCGUCGACACAAAGCACAAGAUCACUCCCCACCUGUGACACCUGUGAUUACAUAUCCUGAUACUGGUCCGACUUCGAUCUCAUGUCCUGAACUAGUACCUGCAUCUUCAGAUCUUGUCUCUACAUCUGAUCUUGACCUCCUGAUAGCACUACGUAAAGGUACACGGUCUUGUACUCAUCCUAUUUCCUCAUUUGUGUCAUACAGUCAGUUAUCUCCUGCCUCAUGUUCUUUUGUUGCUUCCAUUGAUUCUAUUUCUGUUCCCAAAUCUGUUAAAGAAGCUUUGUCUCAUCCUGAAUGGCGUCAUGCCAUGGUAGAGGAAAUGAAUGCUUUGGAUCUUAAUGGUACUUGGGAUUUGGUAUACUUGCCUUCAGGGAAGAAGUCUAUUGGAUGUAAGUGGGUCUUUGCUGUUAAGGUUAAUCCAGAUGGAUCUGUUGCUCGAUUGAAAGCUCGAUUGGUUGCAAAGGGUUAUGCUCAAACCUAUGGUGUUGAUUAUUCUGACACUUUUUCUCCUGUUGCUAAAUUAACAUCUGUCAGGUUACUUAUCUCACUCGCUGCAACUCAUGAUUGGCACUUACACCAGUUGGACAUUAAAAAUGCAUUCUUACAUGGUGACCUUCAGGAGGAAGUUUAUAUGGAGCAACCUCCGGGAUUUGUUGAUCAGGGGGAGUAUGGGAAAGUUUGUCGACUUCGCAAAUCUCUUUAUGGUCUGAAACAGAGUCCUCGUGCAUGGUUUGGGAAAUUCAGUCAAUCCAUUGAACGGUUUGGAAUGAUAAAAGGUCAAUCAGAUCACUCUGUCUUUUACAGAAAAACGAAAGCAGGUAUCACAUUGCUUGUGGUGUAUGUCGAUGAUAUUGUGAUUACAGGAAGUGAUACCGCAGGUAUUUUGGCCCUUAAGAAUUUUCUUCAUAGCCAAUUCCAAACAAAAGACCUAGGCUCAUUGAAAUACUUUCUGGGUAUUGAGGUAACACGGAGUAAGAAAGGCAUAUUUCUAUCUCAGCGUAAAUAUGUACUUGAUUUACUAACUGAAACAGGGAAAUUGGGAGCAAAGCCAAACACAACUCCCAUGGUUCCCAAUGUGCAACUCACUUCAGAAGGCAUACCAUUCGAAGACCCAGAAAGGUACAGAAGAUUGGUUGGAAAGCUUAACUAUCUCGCAGUCACUCGUCCAGACAUUGCUUACUCUGUGAGCGUAGUUGUAACACCCCGGCCCCACUGGACCCGAGGUAGUUACUCCGGACCAAUAGUACUGUCCCCACAAACCGCCACUAGGCCUUUACUGCGCACUUUGUCCUCACUCAUGCGCGCCCUGAGAAACUUCCCAGGGGGUCACCCAUCCCAAGACUACUCCCGUGCAAGCACGCUUAACUUUGGAGUUCUUGGGUGAUGAGCUCCCUUAAAAGGAGAUGCACCUCUGUUGGUAUGAGUAGUACUAUUAAUCCUCUUAUAUUAAUCUCGGGUAUUACAAUCACCCCCACUUAGGAUCGCAACGUCCUCGUUGCGCCCUUAAACCAAUCUCAAUCAAAUCCCAGAAUCUUUUUCCCCUGCUAAGUGUCUGCCCGAUAUCCAACGGAUCAGUACACUGUCGCAGGGUUUCUCUGAUACCACCUGUAACACCCCGGCCCCACUGGACCCGAGGUAGUUACUCCGGACCAAUAGUACUGUCCCCACAAACCGCCACUAGGCCUUUACCGCGCACUUUGUCCUCACUCAUGCGCGCCCUGAGAAACUUUCCAGGGGGUCACCCAUCCCAAGACUACUCCCGUGCAAGCACGCUUAACUUUGGAGUUCUUGGGUGAUGAGCUCCCUUAAAAGGAGAUGCACCUCUGUUGGUAUGAGUAGUACUAUUAAUCCUCUUAUAUUAAUCUCGGGUAUUACAGUAGUGAGUCAAUAUAUGUCAUCUCCGACAGUUGAUCAUUGGAAUGCAGUAGAGCAUAUAUUAUGUUACUUGAAGGGGACACCAGGACGAGGUAUUGUUUACCAAAAUCAUGAUCACAUGAGAAUAGAAUGCUUUGCAGAUGCUGAUUGGGCUGGAUCUAAAGAUGAUAGGAGAUCCACAUCUGGCUAUUGCGUCUUUGUUGGUGGUAAUCUCGUCUCUUGGAAAAGUAAGAAGCAAAAUGUGGUUUCUCGUUCGAGUGCUGAAUCAGAAUAUCGGGCUAUGGCACAAUCGGCAUGUGAGAUAAUCUGGAUAAACCAUUUGCUGAGUGAAAUCAGAUUGAAGACACCAAUGCCUGCUAAACUCUGGUGUGAUAACCAAGCUGCUAUACACAUUGCCAACAACCCAGUGUUUCAUGAGAGAACAAAACAUAUUGAGGUCGAUUGUCACUUUGUUCGAGAAAAGAUACAACAAGGAUUGAUCUCUACAGGAUAUGUGAAGACUGGAGAGCAACUUGGAGAUUUGUUCACUAAAGCAUUAAAUGGAAUUCGUGUUGGUUAUUUAUGUAACAAGUUGGGCAUGAUAAAUAUCUAUGCUCCAACUUGAGGGGGAGUGUGAAAGACAUUAGAAUAUACUUUAGAAUAUACUUUAGAAUAUUCUUCUAUCCUUAGAAUAUACUUUAGAAUAUUUUAGGAAUAUACUCUAGGAUAUUAUUAUUGUAUAGAAUCUUAUAAGAAUAUUCUAUCUUUGUAAUGUAUAUUUAUAAGGACUUAACCCUCCAAUGAAAUACACAGAAAAUCUUUCCUCCUCUCUUCAAUAUUAUAUUUUGUAGUUUAUAUUUCAACAAUCGGCACGAUUAUGGUGACCAUAUAUAAGUGACUCCAAAACUACAUUCAUCAAGUGUGUGUCAAAAUAAAAAUAAAAAUUCCCUCACAUGCAGAGCCGGCUAUAACGGCAGUUGACCCAGGCUUUUGCCUAGGGCCUCUGCUUCCAGGAGGGCCUCCAAAAAUACGGAGUAUUAGACCAUUAAUCAUAUCAGUUUUUAAUUUUUAAUUUUAAAUGCUUUUAAAUUAGAGUUGUCUGCAGCGGGUCCUGAACUCCAGCCACUGAACUCCGAACUCCAAUAGCCGAACCAUGUAACUUGACUAUAUGAGGAUUGGAAGUUGGAACUAAGCUCAAACAUUCAGAUUCGGCUCCCUCAGAGUGCCGCUACCAGCGGGGAGAGACCAUGCACCAGAGUCUACACCCACCAAACGAGAUCUACAAUGAUAGGGCUUUCAAAGAAGGUCAUGGCAUGGCCUAAAAGAGAUUUCAACACAGGCUGCAGAGGUUGUUGGCAAUUUGAGCUCCGCGUGUUUCAUAUGAAGGAAAGUCAUGAUUGCUUUAUUAAAAGAUUCCUCAUAAAAGGGAGGUACUGCAAUAGUACUCUGUAUAAACAAUAAGAUUCAGUUUGCAUAUGCAAUGGGAUUCAAGUUAUUUUGAAAGGUCAUGUAAUACAAUGUGGUAUAACAAUAAAUAAAUCUUUCUACAACAGUUCUUUUGUUCUCACCUCGUCAUAACUUCUUAAUUUUUUCAUCAGUGCAUGCUUUUCUUAGACCCAUCACAGGCAAAGAUGUAAAUAAUCAACCACUCAAUGUGCACAUCUCAUGAACCAUCUCCUGUGUGAAACCAGUAAAGUUUAACUCCUUUUUUUUGUUGCAACAUGGAAAACUGGAAUUCAACUCCUUUAUAUCAUUUGUAUAUCCAAAUUUAUUAUGAACCAUGACAGAAAGGUGGUUGCGCAAAAAAAACUCCUUUAUAACUAGAUAGCUUACUCCGGGACAGCCAAAGGUAAUCAAAUCCGAAUCCUCUAUUAUAACUACAUUGACCUAUUUCAUAUUACUCAUAUGUUCAUUCAAUCUAAACCGAGGACUUAAUGCUAAACUAGUUACCGUAUAAUGACUAUAAUCUACAUUUGCACAUAGCAUUUCAUUUAUGUCCACCAAAAUAAUACUUUCCAUAUUUAACUUUCAAUUGUUUUAUUUCAAACAGAGCCUAAAUGCUAAGCCUAAUAAGUCCAGACAAAAUCAAUGGGAAUCGAACACGCGUCCUUCUGAUUUAAUCAGAGUUGCAGAGCUCACGCAACACCACUAGGCUACCCCGGGCAUUUGUUACACGAGAGCUUUUUGCAAUAUUUAAAUUACACUCUGUAUAUUCUUAAGUACCAUAGAACAUUUUCUUUUAAUCAUAUAUUAUUCGUUAUUAAAUUGUCAUCAAAUACUUUAGACUUUAGUUAUUAUAAAGUUUGUUUAGGUUUAUUUUAUUAUUUCUCAAAUUUAGUACUCCGUAUCUUAUGUAAUUUUUUAAUUAUUUCAAAACGAAGACAUAUUUAUCUCUAAAGGAGCGAGUAAUUAAUGGGUAAAUAUGUGCACUCUUGGACUUUAGA